AUGAAUUGUAAGAAGAGUUCGAAAGGGCUGUUGCAGCCUUCUCUGUAUGUUAAGGUGCAGCCAGUGGACAAUGACAGACAAGAGUCCGGGUUCGAGAUGGUGAAUGAUGAGAUUGAAUAUGAAUCUGACAUUGCUUCUUAUACUGAUGAUAAUUCCUCGCAUUCCUCCUCAACUUUUGCUUCUUCGAUCUUCGAGGCUGCCUGGGCUUCUUCGCCAUCUCAGAUUGAGAAGGUUCUCUUCCUUGUACUUGAUGUUUUUGGUGUUAAAAUGCAGAAUGACUUUCAUGGAGAAAUAGCUGUUGGCAAAAGCAAGAGUGAAGAAAAUACUCAGCAACCCAAAGAGAAGUACAUUGACAGAUUAAUAUCCAAAAUUACAUCUUCACAAAUGCCUAUUCAGGGAGGAAAAGAAUUUGAACCAACAAACUCAGGAUACUCCCAAGACUUUCAAGGGAGUAAAGUUAAACAAAGUGAAGCUAUAGAUGCAAGUGAUACACACUUGGGAAGCAAAGAACUGCUCCUUGAGGAUACAAGGCAGUAUUCUCAGAAUAAGGUAAUUGGCAAUGGUAUGAGAAGACAAGGUACAAUGAACUCCAUGAAAAAUGCUAUUGGAGCGCAGAUGAACAAGGAUAGAUUAAAGUCAGUGAGGUCUGUCCAAAUAAGGGGUUCUGCCACUCUAAGUGAACUUUUUAGUGACAGUAAGAUAAUGAAGGAAGUAAGAAACGAUGUGGCGGUAGAUGCUAGUGCAUAUGCUAGAAAUGCAGCAAGAAUUGAGAAGAAAGAAAUGAAAUCUGAAUUGCACCCAAGUAUUGCAUCAAUAGAAAAAGGAGUUCCAGAUGCUGAGUUGUCCAAUGGGAAACCUGAGUGGGAGUCUAAAAUUAAGAUGCUUGAAGAGGAACUGAAGGAAGCUGCAGCCAUUGAGAUUGGCCUUUAUUCUGUAGUUGCAGAACAUGGAAGUUAUGUAAACAAGCUUCAUACCCCAGCUCGCCGUAUUGCUAGAUUCUAUCUCCAUGCAUGGAGAGAAGGAUCCAAAGCUAAACAGGCAAGUGCUGCCAGGGCAGCUGUCUCUGGGUUGGCUUUGGUUUCUAGAGCAUGUGGCAAUGAUGUUCCAAGGUUGACCUUCUGGUUGUCAAACUGUAUUGUGUUGAGAGCAAUUAUCAGUCAAGCUACAGGAAAUGAUGGAAGCAAUGGUGGUUCUACAUGGGAUAAAAAGUAUAAGCAGAGAAUGGUGAAGCCUUCUGCAACUGAGGGAAUGAAGAAUAAUUUAAUUAAAAACACUGAUGACUGGGAAGACAUAGACUCAUUCAUCAAAGCAUUGGAAAAAGUUGAAGCCUGGAUCUUCUCCAAAGUUAUCAAAUCUGUGUGGUGGCAGGUUGAUCACUCUAGUCGUCAGUGUCUGACUCCACACAUGCAAACAGCUGUUGUGAAAGCUAAUAGGACUAGGGGUUCAACAGUCAAGAGAACAUAUGGGAGUAAACAUGCUUUGGCUGAUCAAGAACAGGGUAAUAAUUCUAUAAAAAUUUGGAGGAAGGCUUUUAAGGAUGCCUGUGAAAGGAUUUGCCCAAUCCGAGCAGGAGGACACAACUGUGGUUGCUUGCCUAUGCUGUCUAAACUAGCAAUGAAACACUUGGUAAAUAGGCUGGACGUGGCAAUGUUCAAUGCCAUCCUUCGAAGAUCUGCUGAAGACAUGCCUACCGAUCCCGCAUUUGAUCCCAUCAGUGAUCCUAAUAUACUUCCAAUUUCCAUUGGCCAAUCAAGCUUCAGGGCUGGGGCACAGUUAAAAAAUGCUGUUGGAAACUGGUCCAGAUGGCUUACUGAUCUCAUUGGCAUUGAGGAUGAUGAUCCAUCUGCUGAUAAUAAUGUUAUUGGGGAUUCGUUCAGGGCUUUCGGCCUUCUGAAUGCUCUGAGCAACCUCAUGAUGCUUCCAUUUGAGAUGCUUGUCGAUGAAACCUCAAGAAACGAAUUCUGCCCAAUAUUCGGUCCAGCACUGAUAAAGCGGGUUCUCAGCAGUUUUGUUCCUGAUGAGUUCCGCCCUGAACCAAUCCCCAAGACCGUCUUUCAGGCUUUAGAUUUUGAGGACAACAUGGAUGCUGCUUCUGGAGAACGUAUCACUACGUUUCCUUGCACUGCAAUAUCAACCUCAUACACUCCCCCUCCAACAGCCUCUCUUACCAGUUUCUUGGAGAAGAUAGGGAACCAAGCUCCAAAGAGGAGUGGAUUAUCAUCACUCAAAAAGUCAUAUACCAGUGAUGUUGAGCUUGAUGAGUUGGACUCCCCAUUGACAUCAAUUCUUGCUGACUGCUUUAAGGAUUCUCCAAAUUUAAUGAAACCUGGUCGGACUAAUGCUGUCAGGUAUCAACUUCUCCGGGAAGUGUGGAGAGAUGCUCCAUAA